AUGUCCCUGUGUGCAUCUUCUCACAAGGACUUUUCUCAGUUGCUGCCACUUCAGGAUAUUGGAUGCAAUAAAACAGAAAUUAAAAACUCACCCACUGGUAUCGUCUCUCCAGUUCCCUACAGCUGUAAUCAGUCCACACUGACAGCAGAAGACAGUCCAGUCUAUAUUCCCUCAUCUUACAUGGAAAACAGACACGAAUAUUCUGCAAUGGCAUUCUGCAGUCCUGCUACAAUGAAUUGCAACGUUACCAGCAAUUUUGGUGAUUCAGAGAAUGCGUCUGUGAGGCAAACAUCAAGCCCCAGUGUGCUGUGGUCCGCUCCUGGCCAUCUCUCCCCUCUGACACUGCACUGUCAGUCAUCGCUCCUGUAUGCAGAGCAGCCAAAGAGCCCAUGGUGCGAAGCAAGGCCGAUGGAGCCAGUGCUACCUGUGACCAGAGAAACGUUAAAAAGAAAAACUAAUGGCAAUGACUGUACAAGCCCAAUUGCAAAUAUUCCUGGCUCAAAAAGGGACGCCCACUUCUGUGCAGUCUGCAGUGACUAUGCUUCGGGAUACCACUAUGGGGUCUGGUCAUGUGAAGGCUGUAAAGCAUUCUUUAAAAGAAGUAUUCAAGGACAUAACGAUUACAUCUGCCCAGCUACCAAUCAAUGCACGAUAGACAAAAACAGGCGCAAAAGCUGCCAGGCAUGUCGGCUACGGAAAUGUUAUGAAGUGGGAAUGAUGAAAUGUGGCUCCAGAAGAGAACGUUGUGGUUAUCGGAUGCUGCGUCGCCAUUGUAAUUCAGAAGAUCAGGUGCACUGCAUCGGCAAAGCUAAGAAAUACAGUGAGACGGCAACCCGCGUAAAAGAGAUCCUGCUCAGCACAGUCAGUCCAGAGCAGUUUGUUUUAACGCUACUUCAAGCAGAGCCUCCCAACGUGUUGGUGAGUCGUCCCAGCAAACCAUUCACGGAGGCUUCCAUGAUGAUGUCCCUGACAAAACUGGCAGACAAAGAGUUGGUUCACAUGAUUGGCUGGGCCAAAAAAAUUCCUGGCUUCAUUGAUCUCAGCCUCUUUGACCAAGUAAGACUCUUGGAGAGCUGCUGGAUGGAAGUUUUAAUGAUUGGUUUGAUGUGGAGAUCAAUCGACCAUCCUGGAAAACUAAUUUUCGCACCAGACCUUGUACUGGACAGGGACGAGGGGAAAUGCGUAGAGGGAAUUUUGGAGAUCUUUGAUAUGCUCCUGGCCAUGACCUCGAGGUUCCGAGAGCUGAAGCUGCAGCACAAGGAGUAUCUGUGUGUCAAGGCAAUGAUCCUUCUCAAUUCCAGCAUGUUUCCCUUGUCAGCAGCAAAACCUGAAAGAAACAGGAAACUGCAUCACCUGCUGAACGUCGUGACUGAUGCCUUGGUGUGGGUGAUCGCGAAGAGCGGGAUCCCCUCGCAGCAGCAGACGACGCGUCUGGCCAACCUGUUGAUGCUCCUCUCUCACGUCAGGCACGCCAGUAACAAGGGAAUGGAACAUCUCCUGAGCAUGAAGUGUAAGAACGUGGUCCCAGUGUAUGACUUGCUGCUGGAGAUGCUGAAUGCGCACACUGUCCGGGGCCAAAGGAAGUCCCCGAUCACACAUCCCGAAUUCAGCCCGUUAGCGCACGUGGAGGCUGGAGACAGCCUGCGAAACGGGGCGGCCCAGUAA